AUGACAUUCAGACGCCCGAGGAUAUGGCGCAGGUUCUUGCUAAUCCUGGGGGCCUCAGCUAUUCUCUUUCUUCUCUGCCGCAAUGAUAAACCACGGUGGCUAGCGGCUCGACGAGCCCAUAGCUCGUGCACUGGGUUCGAUCUCGCAGCAGUAUCCGAAGACCUCCACUCGCGCAUGAAGGCUGAAAGCGACUACACUCCCGUCGAAAUCCAUCAGUUCGUGUGCGGCAUUAUCAACCAUAAUAUGACUGCGUCCGCUCAGCUUGAGUGUCCGGCGACUAUCAGCCAGCGUUACCAUUCACUGAUUCCCGUCGACGGAAAGCACCCCGAAAUCCAAUACUUCUUUGCCCUCAACCUCUACCAAGUGAUUCAUAUCAUCCUUCCUCUGAUGGGAAGUAUCCUGGAGGCUAUCCGAUAUCUGGGGCCAGAGCAUUGCGCUUUGUCGAUUGUGGAGGGCCGGUCAACCGAUGGAACAUAUGAGAUCCUGGCUCGCUUGAAGCCGGAGCUGGAUGCCAUGGGAGUCCGAUAUCAUUUCUCUCGAAGCCCGAUAAACCCGCUCGGCCCGGGCGAAAACCGCAUCAAGGACCUGUCCGAGCUGCGGAAUAUGGCUCUCGAGCCUCUCAUCACCGGAGCCAGACAGAAGGGUGGUCCCUUUGGCCAUGAUCCCAUGAUCAUAUUCAUUAACGACAUCGGUAUCUGCCCGGAGGACAUACUCGAGUUGAUCUAUCAGCAAAAGGUGCAAGAUGCGACGAUGACAUGUGCAUUUGACUGGAGAGAGGAAGGGGUAAUCCACGAUGUUUGGGUAUCCCGGGACCUCUCUGGAGAUCUCUUCUUCGACAUUUCAUCGGACGGGUCGAUCUGGGACUCUCAUAACCUAUUUUCUCAUCAUGGACCCAGUCGUGAACGUUUUGUAAAGCAUCUACCUGUGCAGGUAUAUAGCUGCUGGGGUGGAAUGGUCACCUUGGACAGUGGCCCAUUCAUUGAUGGGCAGGUACAGUUCCGAUAUUCAGAGGAGGAUGAGUGCUACAUGGGGGAACCUACACUGCUGGCACAAGACCUCUGGCGCUUGGGUCUUGGGAAAGUGCUUGCUAUUCCAACCGUGAAUGUUGCAUAUGAAUAUCGCUGGUCGUUGAGGGCUAAGAAUGAAAAGGGCUACGUCCAUACGCUCCUGGGUAAUUCAGGGCCAGGGCGAUAUUCCCCUCACGAUGAGCUGGUACAUUGGCAGAAAGAGCCGCCGAAGCAGAUCAAAUGCAUGCCAGCCUGGGACGACCAAUCCUGGGUAGAUGCUGUUUAA